GUCAACAGCGACCGGGCCAGACUGUUGAUUCCCUGAGUUCACACAGAACAACAGAGUGUCUAACUCCUCAGGUCCUCUUUAAUUGUUCUGAUGGUCUUUAACUCUACAGCUGUCUUAGAAGCGGAAAAGGAAGCAUCUGCUGUGGAUAUAACGGAGACACAGACGUGUGGAGCAUAAAAAUGAAGCUUCUUGUUGGGACUCUACUCUUGGUCUCUGUCCUGCCCUCCUUUGGAAGCGUCUCUCCGUCUCCUUUUCAGGACAGGUCCACCCAGGACGAAUGUGUCAGCAUGUCGUUCCGUCUACGAGCCUUUCGGUUGGUGACAAAUUGUAACUUUACCACUCUGAAAGAGAAACAAGUGAAGGAGAUCCAGGCUCCAACAACCAACCUGUACCUGCCAAUCAUGUACCUGGUGGCCUUCUGUGUUGGUCUGCCCACCAACCUGUUAGCUCUGUGGGUUCUUGUUUUUCGGACCAAAAAUCUACCAUCAACCACACUGCUCAUCAACCUGACUGUGGUGGACUGCUUGCUGUUGCUGGUUCUGCCAUUUCGAAUUGUUUACCAUUUCCGAGGGAACCACUGGGACCUGGGUGAGCCUUUAUGCCGGACGGUCAUGGCCAUGUUUUACGGAAACAUGUAUGGUUCAGUCUGGUGCCUAGCCCUAGUGGCUCUGGAUCGAUAUAUAGCUUUGGUUCACCCUUUUGAUGCAAAGAUUUUGCGCAGCCAGAGAAUAUCUCUAUAUAUGUCCGGGGUGGUGUGGGUGGUGAUUCUAGCUGCUAUGUUGCCACUGCUGCUGUCACAACAGACCUACCCGCUGGACGACCCCAAAAUCACCACCUGCCAUGAUGCUUUGCCCGAGAACGAACAAGAGAACUUCUUCCUUCCAUACUUCGGCACGCUGUUUGUUUGCGGCUUCCUGCUGCCGUUCAUUAUCGUGCUGUACUGCCACAGCGCUGUGCUGCGCACCCUUCUGGCUAAAGGCAAGCGCUACAGUCAUGCCAUCAGGAUUACAGCUCUGGUGAUGGUGGUCUUCAUUCUGUGUCUGCUGCCUAGUAACCUCCUCCUGCUCCUGACCUACAGUGACACCAGCCUGGCAGAAGAUGAUGACGACCUCUACGUCCCCUACAUGAUCAGCCUGGCGGUCAGCACCUUCAACAGUUGCAUAGACCCCUUCAUCUUCUACUUUGUGUCCCCAGAGUUCAGACAAAAGGCCAAAAGCACUCUGUGCUGUCUCAGUGAGGAAGAAGUCACAGCAUCCUCUCAGUGGAACCAUGGCACCUCGUCAGCAGAACAGAGAUCAGAGGUCACCCUGGUUUCAAUGACAUGUAGAAAGGAGACCUCUGAUGCAGCAGUUAGAUGCAAACAGGAAGCAAUAGUCGUCUGACUGCUGACGUCAACACUUGUCACACUCUUCACCAUAAAGGCAGUAUUAAUUCCUGGGUGGUUCUGAUCCGAUCAGCUGAUUGUUUAACAUUUUAUAUGUUUGCUGUUAUGUAUUUUCUUUUUAAACGUUAUAAACUUACAAUGUUUAUCUAAUAAAACAUAGAAAAUGUGGACUGGUU